GCCACGAAGAAAGCUAAGCCCGCCCCCGUGACGUCACGUGUCUGGACGCUUUGGGUUCUGGACGCUUGUUCCGCUCUGCAGUCGUCCCCGGUUUACUUUGCGAUAUUCGGGAUCCGCAGCUGAACCGCGGAGCGCAGGCCUGACACCGGCUCCGGAGUGCAGGCUGUUCUCGCAGGACUGUUGUUGCUGUCGAGUCCGAAUGGCCGCCAUUUUGUGACAGGGCCGCUGGAGAGCUACGGAGCCACGGACUCAUGUGACUGGUCCCCGGUCUGAGAGAAGAGCUGCCCCCGGGCCUGUGUUCCCCCGGCCCCCGGGUGGAGCGGGCUGGGGGGCGGGAGAGUUGGGGCAGUGAAAAGCCCGGCCUGUCAGUCUUCAAGAGAGAGACCGGACCUGCACAUGGGACGCUUCUCUCCCUGAGUCUACUGCUGGGACCUGGCUGCCAUCAUGGAUGAGCAGCAGGCUCUGGACUCCAUCAUGCAGGAUCUGGUCGUCCUUCACAAGGCCAGCAGACCGUCCCUGCCUCUGCAUGAAUCCAGCGCAACCAAAACCACCUCUCCCAAGAAGCAGAAUGAUGUACGCGUUAAGUUUGAACAUCGUGGAGAGAAGAGGAUCCUUCAGUUUCCCCGGCCGGUCUUGUUGGAAGACUUGUUCGCUAAAGCUAAGGUCGCCUUCGGGCAGUGCAUGGAUCUCCACUACAGCAAUAAUGAGCUGGUGAUCCCAUUGAAAACCCAGGAUGAUCUGGACAAGGCGGUGGAGCUGCUGGACAGGAGCUCUCAAAUGAAGAGCCUGAAGAUCCUGCUGGUCCUCCAUGUUCACAGCCAGGCCACCCGCCUAUGUGAUAUGGAGCACAUGCCUUCCCUAGAAGAUCUGGAUAACACUGUGUUUGGAAGGAAUGAGACGAAGGACAGGAUGCCUAUUAUUGGAAAUCACACCAGGGAUAGGAGUUCUCCACCUCCAGGUUACAUUCCGGAUGAGCUGCACCAAGGGGUUCGAAAUGGAUCCUUCACAAGCAUUAACAGCGAAGGGGAGUUCAUUCCAGAGAGCAUGGACCAGAUGCUGGACCCUCUGUCUCUCAGCAGUCCUGAAAACUCUGGCUCUGGCAGCUGCCCAUCUCUUGAUAGCCCUUUAGAUGGGGAAAGUUAUCACAAGUCGAGAAUGCCAAGAGCUCAGAGCUACCCUGAUAACUACCAGGAGUUUUCAGAAUACGACAUUCCAGUGUUUGAGAAAUUUGGAAAGGGUGGCACGUACCCACGGAGAUACCACAUCUCAUACCUUCAUCAAGAUUACAGCGAUGGCCGAAAAACAUUUCCAAGAGCCAGAAGAACCCAGGGGAACAGCUUCCGCUCUCCAGUCAGCUUCAGCCCCACUGAUCACUCCCUAAGCACCAGCAGUGGCAGCAGCGUUUUCACCCCAGAGUACGACGACAACCGAUUGCGGAGAAGAGGGAGCGACAUAGACAACCCCACUCUAACGGUGAUGGAUAUAAGUCCUCCCAGUCGAUCACCACGUGCCCCAUCAAACUGGAGACUUGGGAAACUGUUAGGGCAGGGGGCCUUCGGCAGGGUGUACCUGUGCUACGAUGCCGACACUGGGAGAGAACUGGCUGUGAAGCAAGUCCAGUUUGAUCCAGACAGUCCGGAGACCAGUAAGGAAGUGAACGCUCUGGAGUGUGAAAUUCAGUUGCUGAAAAACUUACUUCACGAGCGCAUCGUUCAGUAUUAUGGCUGCUUGAAAGAUUCCCAGGAGAAGACGCUCUCUAUAUUCAUGGAGUACAUGCCAGGGGGAUCAAUAAAGGACCAACUUAAGGCGUACGGAGCACUUACAGAGUUUGUGACACGGAAAUACACCCGCCAGAUCCUGGAGGGCGUCUAUUAUUUGCACAGUAACAUGAUUGUACAUAGAGAUAUUAAAGGAGCUAAUAUUCUGAGAGACUCUUCAGGCAACGUCAAACUGGGAGACUUUGGAGCCAGCAAACGCCUCCAGACCAUCUGCCUCUCUGGUACUGGAAUGAAGUCUGUCACCGGCACGCCGUACUGGAUGAGCCCAGAGGUUAUCAGUGGGGAAGGUUAUGGAAGAAAAGCAGAUAUCUGGAGCGUUGGAUGUACGGUUGUGGAAAUGCUAACUGAGAAACCCCCAUGGGCUGAGUUUGAGGCCAUGGCCGCCAUUUUUAAAAUCGCCACCCAACCCACCAACCCACAGUUGCCAGCAAAUGUAUCAGACCACACACGGGACUUCCUGAAAAGGAUUUUUGUAGAAGCUAAACUGAGGCCGUCGGCUGAAGAACUCCUUAGGCACACGUUUGCCCAGUGUCACUAGUGACUUCCCACCUCCGUUCAGCUCUUCCUCUUCGCUCCGUUCCUUCCUUCCAAAGCUGAUGGCACUUUUACAAGCCGACUAACGACAAGAGAGAUUGUCCCAUUCCUCUCGAUGAUUGAUUCCUCCGGCCUGGAGGUCUAUGGUCUAGUGACGGUUGUGGCUCAGAACUCUUGUUUUUUUUUUUUUCCCACAAGGUACAGCGACGUUACUCGGUCUAAGCACUUUAGAAGAUUUUCCUUCCCAGUCAGGUAGAGACGGGAACCUUCUGGUACAAAAGAGGAGGAAAAUGUUUGUGAAGGACGUGAGCCAUCUGGCAUGUGGCAGCUUUACAAUGUGCCCCGGGGGGUGGCACUGCUGGGGAUCACAGCUGCUUUUCAUUAUUUAAGUGUUUGAUGUUUUCGGUUCUCAUUGUCGGUCUGAUCGGUUUUCGUCAUGUGCAUAAGGGAGCCCAUCAGCAGGAAAGGGCCCCUGUAGGUUGCCAACAUGUAAUCAGCCCCUUCUAACAUUGAACCUGUGGUUGCUAAAAAGUGAGAAGUAUAUGGUCAUGUCACAUGAUUUGUCCUGGUCCCUGACUGGCAGGGGGGAAAAAAAAAAUUAUAUAUAGUUUUCCAAAUACUUGCUUAAAGGGGAAUUUGAUAUUGAUGACGUAUCCUCAGGAUAGGCAAUCAGUAUCAAAUCGGCUCUCACAGGAGCACCACCGCCUCCUUACAGCUUACCAAGCACAGCACCAUCCAUGGUGGCAGUGGCCGUGCUUGGAAUUGCAGCUCGGGCCCAGUCACUUGAAUUGGACUGAGCAGCGCCUCGGCCAUGUGACCGAUGAACGUGACGUCACUGGCCUAGGAAGAGGCUGCAGCAGGAGCGCCGUGAUCUCUUCAGACAGCUGAUGGGUGAGGGUGCUGGGAGUCGGGCCCCACUGAUCAGAAAUUGAUGACCUAUUCUAGGAAUAAGUCCUCAAUAGAAGUGCAGGAAAAUCCCUUUAAAAAUUGACAAAAAGUAUGUGUGCACGAGUCCUUAUAAGUGGAAUGCACCCACCAGGUUAGUGUAAUUGGGGCCUUUUACAGAUUCUUGCUGAUGGUUUCCCUUGAGCUAGAGGCAUUGACCUUCCUUUUUUGCCCAUUGAUUUCAGUCCUAUUUGUGGUCCCUAUGCUUUCCUCACCGAACACCAAGGGAAGAUGAGGCAGAUUUGAUUGCGCAGACGAUCACCAAAGGUUCGCUACUAGAUUUACACAUGGGUUUGGUUGAAGCUGCUUUCUUGAGAUCUGGGGAUCAAUGGGUACACGUCUGAAUGAAACUUGAAUAACUGAUGUUAAAUUAGCGGGAUUGUGCGUUCCUCCUCUGUUCCACAAGGGAGGACGCCAUUAUUGUCAUGGCUGCCUACUGUCUUUUGUUUUUACAUGUUUUGUCCUUCGUUUUUAUCUUUGUGCUUUUGAGCAACCCCGAAGCGCUGCGCAUCAAUUCCAGACGUCUCCAGGGUCAUCAGGAAGAUUUGACUGGUCCGCGCGCGCGCCGUUUUAUUUUCACCUCUGUGGUACAGGGUUUAGUAUAUUUCUCAGGCAGGUGGACGGCCUUGGCGGCUACACAUUAGGGCAAUUCCACUUUUUAAAAUUUUUUUUUUUGUACCCUAAUUAGUGAUCUGUAAAAGUGUGAAUAAUUCAAGUGCGUUUAUCAAGUGGGUUCUUAGUUGUGAGGCAGGUAGUAAUUUUGACAGCGUUUUUCUGCCAAAAUGCACAGAAAAUGGCGCAAGUGAAUGUGUCCUUUUAUUCUUAUCUUAUAAGGUGGUGACUAGGCUGUGCUAUCACCUUAUGAUCGCUAGGGGUCUAAACUCUGGGGCCCCAUUGAUUUUGUGAAAGAAGGGGCUGCAGUACUGAAAUAGUGCUCCCGCUCCCCUGGCUGUACAGGGGACCGCAGCUGGGCCUGCUCAUUUGAAUGAGGCCUAUUGCACACGACCGUAUGGCUUUUUCAGUGUUUUGUGGUUCGCAAAAAACACGGAUGACAUCCGUGUGCAUUCAGUUUUUUUGCGGAACGGAACAUCUGGCCCCUAAUAGAACAG